AUGCCCACUAGGGGAUGGGUGCUAAAAGAGACAUUCCAUUUGUGUGGAGUGGAAGGGUUUGGGGGUUGCUUUUAUGGUUUCAAGAAGGCGAUUUGGGGGAAUGAAGGGGAUGUUGUCAAGAAGCCAAUUUCCAUUGGGAUUCCUUGUGUCCCAAACUUUAAGGGAGUGCUCAGUUCUAUUAUGAGGGCCUUUACCAGUCCAAUUAUCAUACCAAAAGCUAAUAGAGGCCCCAGUUUUAAUAAGCCAACCAGCUCCUUUGUUGCAAAUGUCACUAGUUUUGCAAAGACUAGACCAAGUCCAAGAAAUCCUUUUAGAGUUGCUCUGAUCAUGAAGAUAUUUUUUCUAAACUUCAAUGCAUAUGUAAACAUUUUCUGCAGACUAGAGUACUUGCAUCAUGGAUGCAAGCCACCUAUAAUACACAGAGAUGUAAAGUCAGCCAACAUCCUUUUAAGUGAGAGCUUGGAUGCUAAGAUAGCAGAUUUCGGUCUCUCCAAGGUUUUUCCAAGUGAUAACCAAAGUCAUGUAGUAACUACAGUCAUGGGCACUACUGGAUAUCUUGACCCUGAGUACUACAAUACUCAAAAGUUGAACGAGAAAAGCAACGUCUUCAGUUUUGGGAUUGUUUUGUUAGAGCUAAUCACCAGCCAACCUGCAAUUGUAAAAAAUGAUGAACCAAUCCCCUUGGUGCAUUGGGUGAGUCCUAAAUUCGAAAUGGGGGAUAUAGAAAGUAUUGUUGAUAAAAGGUUGCAGGGAGAGUUUGAUGUGAACUCUAUCCAAAAAGCUUUAGAAUUAGCAAUGACAUGCACUACACCCACCUCUAGUCAAAGAGCUACAAUGAGUCUUUCAGGAGAAAAGUAA